AUGGGUACCAACUACGGAUACACUAGCGCUGCUGGAAUGGUUCGUGAUUACAAGAGAAUUAUGACUAAGUUUGAGAAGAAAUAUCACGACAUCUACAAAGGAGCUCCAGCUCAAGAAAUUCAAGGUUGGGAUAAAAUGUUGUUAGUUGCCAAAAACAUUCAAGAUGAAGAUCUAGGUUGCGUUUAUGAAAAUUCGGUAUCUCUAGAAAUAAUGAAUAAAUAUGGCAAAACUACAACCAACGAAUACGAAUUGGACAAUAUUGGUCAUUCAAAAGAUGUUUCGGAUACC